AUGGAGAGCUUCUCUUCUGCAUACUGCUAUGAUGAAACGCUUAGCGAGUAUCUUCGUGGAUUCCGCCUUUAUGAACCCGUUUCCCCCAGCAGCAGUAUUUUAUCGCAGGAACGUACUUCACAUGAAAGUACACUGACGGAUCAAUCGUUUCGAAGCCCUCAAACAAGUAUAUGGGGUAGUGUUCGAAGAUUUACCAUCGAGUCUUCACCCUCACCACCGCGGUACAUACCACCCUUAACCUCUAAUCAAAUGCCUCAAGUGAAUUCACAAACGGAUUGGGACAUCAGUGAGCCUCUAGUCGACGGUGUGAUGCUACAAACACAAUCAUGGUCUGAUAGAGGGCCGAGAAGGAUCCGUGGUCGCGCAGGCAACUUUCAGGCAGCCGAAGCCCAAACCCGAAUGGCGAACUUCUAUGCUGCUUCAGGUCCAUCUACUGGCUCUAUUCAGCGGGGAUCAUGGAAUGACAACCAAGAACCUGGGCUCAGGUGGAACGACAGCACCUAUUAUCACAAUUUGUGGGAUGCAGAACUGCUUCAGUCAAACCCUACAAACGGGUUGCUAGGACACCUUUCUAUGUAUGCUACCAGUAUCACUCCUCGGGAGAUUUCCGCCCUCCAGAGACUAGUUACAAAAAAUAUCCGCUACAAGACAAAGCCUUGUACACAUUUUGAGAGAUGGGGAUUCUGUAGGGCAGGCUUAUUCUGCCAAUUCGCCCACGGUCCAAAUGAACUUCGGAACGCCAGCGGACAUCCCAAGUACAAGACGGAGAGCUGUGCCCACUUCAGGCAGACGGGUUAUUGCCCUUACGGAGCGGGCUGCUUUUUCAGACAUUCCGUUUUGGAUUAUGGCUCUGAGCUAAUGCUCUAA